AAGUUUCAUUUUUUCAACAAAGACCAGAUGCUACCGGAAGGUUCGGUCUCUCUCCACUACAAAAAGUUACAGCAGCAAUUCGUAUGCGAGCAUAUGGAUGUGCGGCCGAUGCGUGUGACGAAUACCUCCGGCUUGGAGAAAGCACUGCAAUGUCAUGCUUGGAAAAUUUUGUUGAAGGAAUCACUAAUUUGUUCGGAGAUGAGUACUUAAGAAGACCUACACAAGAAGAUCUUAUCCGACUACUCCGUAUCGGAGAGAGACGCGGAUUUCCCGGGAUGAUAGGAAGCAUCGAUUGUAUGCAUUGGGAAUGGAAAAAUUGUCCCACCUCUUGGAAAGGGCAAUAUACGCGUGGAUCUGGAAAACCGACGAUCGUUAUAGAGGCUGUAGCUUCACAAGAUCUUUGGAUAUGGCAUGCAUUUUUUGGACCUCCAGUAUUUGAUGAUAAUAUGAUGGCCACUCGAGCUCGACUUCGUGAUCGAACAAUGCAUCAACAAGUGAAGUCGGAUUUGGUUGAGCAUAUUUGGCAAAAAUUUAGACCAAAUUGAAAUCAAAUAUUUUGUUA